AGGAAGGGGAUGGUGGCCAUGAGGCUGAGAAGAUGGCUAGGGCCUUGAACAUGGAGACACUGAGUGCCAGCGAAUGAGAGGGCCCUGAUCCAAAGGUGGCUCCUCGUUACCGCAUCACCCAGCAGCCGACUAAAGGGUUUCUAGGGGCCAGGGAAUGAAGCGGGUCUGGCCACGUCUCCAUGGCGACGGCGGACGCGGCGGGAAGGGCAGCCGGUACCUACCCGCUAGAGACGAGUCGUCGGCAGCGGGGAUCGAGAGUGGGGCGAGGCCAUGUCGGACCUGGGCUCGGAGGAGUUAGAGGAGGAGAGAGAGAACGAUCUUGGGGAAUACGAAGGGGAUCGGAACGAGGCAGGUGAAAGGCAUGGCCAUGGGAAAGCGAGACUGCCCAAUGGGGACACGUUCGAGGGGAGCUAUGAACACGGUAAAAGACAUGGCCAGGGGAUCUACAAAUUUAAAAAUGGUGCUCGAUACAUUGGAGAAUAUUUUAAAAAUAAAAAGCAUGGUCAAGGCACUUUUAUAUACCCAGAUGGAUCAAGAUAUGAAGGGGAGUGGGCCAACGACCUCAGGCACGGCCAUGGUGUGUACUACUACGUCAACAAUGACACCUACACCGGAGACUGGCUUGCUCACCAAAGGUUCGGUUUUCUCUUUAGUCCUGUAGAUCGAUUCAUGCACUUCAAACCCUCAUGGCUUUCCGGGCGCCUGCUGGAUGGCGCACUACGGCCUGUUGGCCCUGGAAAGUACGUGUUUGACAUUGGAUGCGAGCAGCACGGGGAGUACCGUCUCACAGACGUGGAAAGAGGAGAAGAGGAAGAGGAGGAGGAGACGUUAAUAGCCGUCAUUCCAAAAUGGAGAGCUACCAAAAUCACAGAGCUGGCCUUGUGGACACCGACCCUUGCUGAGGAGCUGCCGCCCACGGAAGGACCAGGCCGCGAAGAGGCCCCGGCCGUGGAGGCGGGGGGAGAGUCUGUGGAGGAGGCCCAGCCUCUGACGGAUGUGUCAGAGGGGGAGAUGGAUUACCUGAGGCCUGGAGAGGAAGACGGAGAUAUCUUCAGGCAGGAGAGUCAUGAGAACGGUCCGGAGGACUUGCACUAUGACACCAUUGACCAGGAAAAUAUGAAUUUUGAAGACGAAACUAGACAGUUUGAUCCUCUAGAGUGAGAUGGGGCCCAAAGAACAGGACCGUGUCAUUCAGACGCCUGCUCCUCCCACAAUUAAUAUGAAUCAGCUGCUAAUCCUUCUUACUUAGCUGUUUGGUAAAAUGGUUUACGAUUGCAAA